AUGUAGCCGGCGGCUGAGCACGCCGUUGCGUGAGGUGCUUCUUGUCCGUCGGGCCGGCCUGUGGUGAAGUGACGCCUCCUGCUCUCGUCCCGCUCCGCCUCGCAGUUUUCAGUUGACCAAAGAAAUGGUGAUGGAGAAGCCAAGUCCCCUGCUGGUCGGGCGGGAAUUCGUGAGGCAGUACUAUACUCUACUGAACCAAGCACCUGACUAUUUGCACAGGUUUUAUGGAAAAAACUCUUCCUAUGUCCAUGGUGGCUUGGAUUCCAAUGGAAAACCAGCUGAUGCUGUCUACGGGCAAUCUGAUAUCCACAAGAAAGUGCUGUCACUAAAUUUCAAGGAUUGCCACACAAAGAUCCGUCAUGUGGAUGCUCAUGCUACUCUCAACGAUGGUGUUGUAGUCCAGGUGAUGGGAGAGCUCUCCAAUAACAUGCAGCCAGUGCGCAGAUUCAUGCAAACAUUUGUACUUGCACCUGAGGGUUCUGUUGCAAACAAAUUCUAUGUCCAUAAUGACAUCUUCCGCUACCAGGAUGAGGUUUUUGGUGACUCUGACACAGAGCCUCCAGAGGAAUCAGAGGAGGAGGGGGAGGAACCCGAGGAAAGACAGCAGACACCUGAGGCUGUUCCUGAUGAUAGUGGUGCUUAUUAUGAGCAGACUGUCAGUAGCAAUGACUUGGAAGAACACGUGGAUGAACCAGCUGCAGAUGCAGAGCCUGAGCCAGAGCCAGAACCAGAACAGGAACCUGAAUCAGAGGUGCAAGAAGAAAAAUCUGAGCCAGCACUGGAGGAGUCAGUUCCAGAAGAGGCUGUGGAGAAGAGUCCUUCUCCAGUUCCUGCUGAACCAGCUCCUGCAGUGCAAGAGGACUCUAGGACAUUUUCAUGGGCAUCAGUAACCAGUAAGAACCUGCCUCCCAGUGGAGCUGUUCCAGUAUCAGGAAUACCACCUCAUGUUGUGAAAGUACCCGUCUCACAGCCUCGCCCUGAGACAAAGCCUGAAUCUCAAACUCCACCACAGAGACCUCAGAGAGAUCAGAGGGUGAGGGAGCAGCGAGCAAGCAUCCCACCACAGCGAGGUCCUAGACCAAUUCGUGAUGGUGAACAAGGUGAUGUGGAAACUAGACGGAUUGUGAGAUACCCAGACAGUCAUCAACUGUUUGUUGGGAACCUUCCCCAUGAUGUGGAUAAAAGUGAACUAAAAGACUUUUUCCAAAAACUUGGCUUUUCUCUUGCAGGCUAUGGAAAUGUUGUUGAACUCCGCAUCAACAGUGGUGGAAAACUUCCCAAUUUUGGGUUUGUGGUUUUUGAUGAUCCUGAACCAGUUCAGAAGAUCCUUAGCAGCAGGCCCAUCAUGUUCAGGGGAGAGGUGCGUUUGAAUGUGGAGGAGAAGAAAACACGAGCUGCCAGGGAGGGUGACCGCAGAGAUAACAGACCACGUGGACCUGGAGGCACUCGUGGGGGGCUGGGAGGUGGGAUUCGGGGGCCUCCACGUGGAGGAUUGUCCCAGAAACCAGGAUUUGGAGCUGGAAGGGGGAUCGGGCAACGCCAGUGAAUGCAUCAUGGAUGUUGAAAUGGUGGCGCAAACCCUUUUUCCUGCAGAUUUGUGAAUUUCAGCCUUGGAAUGUGGCCCUAGCCUGUUAUAGACUGCUACGUUUGAUACUAUUUUGGCCCCUUUUUGUUUGUGUUAUGGUUUUGUGAUUUUUUUCUAGUCCUUGUCCCAGAUUCCAACUUUGUGGAACAACGUUUUAGGAAAAGUGGAUUUUAAAAGAACUGAAUAUCCUUACUUCAAACUUAUGGACUGGAUUUUUUUGGUACCAGUGGUCUUUCCUAAAGGAAUGUUUUCUUUUUGUUUUUCUCCUUUUUUUUUUUCUUUCCCCCUCUCUACUGAAUUUGGGUGCAUUUCAGUCAGUGGAAUAAUAUUUCACGUGCAUGUAUUCAAGAGCCUGUAGGAAAAUAUAGUACUUGGCAAGUAUUUCAAGGGCAGGAAAAAACUAUUGAUUUAUCCCUUGAGGGUCAUACGAACAUCCUCUGGUCUGGAGAUAUUGCCACUUGAAAAAUUGACAUUCAUCUUUCUCUUUGUGGCGCUGUAAAAGUGGAAUAAUGAGUAUCCGUAGAAUCUUUUUUUCUUUUGAUACAUGAUCACGGAAAGGAAUUCUAACUACUGUUUUACCACUUGGAAAUUUUGGAUUGUGGGAUAGGUUUUAAAUGUCUAGAACUUGACUCUUAAAACACUUUUCCUGAACUCGUGAAAUUUUUUAUUGAAAUAGGGAGUUUUUUCAUGUUUAGUUUGUAUUUGUAUAAAAAAAGCAAAAUUGUUGUGCCUUCUAUUUAUCUCUCAUUCCAGUCUUGGCAAAUUGUUAAAAAAAAUAAAAAUAAAAAAAAUCUAGAUUUGCUUUAUCAAGUCAAGAGUAUGUUGGAGUUCUUCAAAGAGAAGGAGGUUUCCCCAUCUGUUACCAGCUUUGGUAGGUAGAGGUGGUAUAGCUGAAGAUUUUAAUACCUUGUGUUCAUCAGUUUGGUUGCAUUUUUUUCUAAAAAUAAGUACAUUUUGGCUGCAGAAUUUUGUAACAACUUUGAUUUGAGGCUGCACGGGUUCUAUUAUAAAUGUUACAAAAGUAGAACAGAAAAGUAAUUUUUGUUGUGUUGUUUUUUCUGCUGUGUGUGAUAAGGAGUCAUUUUGCAGUUUAGAUGGGAAUUUAAUUCCCUGUUUCUGCCAGACCUGAAAUAGAUGGCAUUUUUGUUGGAGGUGCAGCAGGUGCUUGUCCGUCCUGGAAUUGAAUAAGUAAGUUACUGAAUACUCUCCAGCUCUGAAAGGAGAUGAAACUGAAAAUACAAAACUGAUUUCACUUGAAGAGAUCUUGUAAGAUUGUACUGCACAAAACAGCAUUCUUGCUUCUUAUUUUUGUAUGUAAUGUAUGGCAUUCAAAAUGACUGGAUAAAAAUGUCAGUCUUGAGUCCACACGAGACCCGAGCUCCUUGUAAUACCUGAGAGCUGCUUACUACAUUUCUUAAAUCUGUGUCAGGGUUCAGUGUUUCAGUAUUUUUAACAUAUAAUCUCUGUGCAGAUAUAUAUCUCUUGACUUUUGCUUGCUCUAAAGCUAGAGCAGAAUUGCCCUGCCCAAAAGGGCAGAUGUUUUUCUCGUGCAGGUAAUACCUUUGUUGCCAUUUACUUGCCAAAGCUAGUGGUUGAGUCUGGUCUUACUAAAUGUUAGUAGAGUUUUGGGGUUUUGUUGUGUUUUGACUACAUUUUCACUGUUUUGUUGUGUUACAGUAUUUGUCCCUUUCCUGCUUAUGAAUGUUUCUCAGUUUAACUUGUUUACAGUCCGUUUCUGAAAACGUAAAACAAAUGUCUUGGUAAACUGGAGGAGAGCUAAAUGUGAUAGCAAUAGCUGUGGUGCGCUGUCUCACUGUCAGCAUACUGGAAUACAAACUGCUUCCCCUUGUGGUGAUAACUGGUAUUGUCUUUUAAGAAAGCUUGCUGCGUUUUUACAUCAGGAUUACACAACGAUCAUCAUGUGAGGUUGUACAACAGAAGUCUUUCACUGAAGUCUGUCCUUGUUGCUUACAAUUUCUCCUUCUCAUUUGUUGCGUUUCCAGUGCUUUUGAUGUUAAAUUCAAAACAACAGUAACAGAUUGCACUUUGAUAAUCCAAAGUGCUAUUAAUAGAAGCUUCUAUAGCUCUUAACCAAAUUGGUGAAAAUAUCCAUGAAUCUGAAACAACGCUUCUGUAAUGGGAGUUGGGUAGUUCUGGGUUAUUGUUAUCUGGGUUGACAAAAGCUGAGGAAUGUCAGUGAAGAAUUAAAACCCAUAGGGUGAAGUGUAUACUUGUUUUUCAUAUGAACCGUAAUAUAAGUAUGUUAUUAAAAGACCCAGAAAAGUGAUGUUCUUGUCCAAAAUGAUGACAGGCAAAAUAAAAUAUUUACAUAA